AUGCCGAAGUCGAAGAAGACCGACAAACCGAGCGAGAUCGACGAUUCCACUGAAGCUAAGCAUGAGUAAGACACCCAUCGCAUCUAUUCACAUCAUCCGUUCUUUUUUUCCAGGGAGAGUGAUCAAGACGAGAGCUCUCCAAAAAAGACGGAGCCGGUCGCUCGCACUGGACGGCCGACGCGAAAGGCCACUCUGAAGAAGCAGGAGCCGGCCGAUUCUGAGAACGACGAAGAGGAAGAGGGAGAGACCGAGGAGUACGAGGCGGAUGACGACGAGGAGCUGGAGAUGAAGAAAGGGAAGGGAGCUCGUGGCAAGAGAAGCUACGAGGAUGACGAGGAUUACGGAAAGGCCAAGAGAGCCAAGAAGGCCAAGUCUGCGGCUAAGAAGGGAAAGACUGCGAAGGCUCAGCCAACUAGGUAAUUGAAUGCAAGAAUGUUCAGAACUUAUUAAUCUCUUUAGACAAACCAGCCAACGCAAGGCUGCUCCGUCCAAGAAGUAUUCCGGAAAGGACGACGACGUGGAGAAGGCUCUGAGCGACAGCGAUUCGGAGGAAGAGAAGAAGCGUCCGGUGGUGAAGCGCCCACCAAACGGCCGAAUGAGCGGAGCUCCGCCGUCGUCGCGCAUCAGCUCGGCCAAGAAAAACCGUUCACCAGCCAACGAAUCCGACUAA